AUGGCGCCAGCCGAUACCAAGAAGGCCGAGUCGGGCCCACCCAAGCUUUCUGAUUAUAAGGAGAUUCUGGAUGAGAGCACAUUUGAACAGAUCCUUGAGAUGGAUGAUGACGAGGAGGAUCGCGAUUUCAGCAAGAGCAUCGUCUAUGGAUUCUUCGAGCAGGCCGAAAACACUUUCAAGAAGAUGGAAAAGGAACUAGCUGACAAGAACCUCAACGAACUCUCCGCUCUCGGUCACUUCCUCAAGGGUUCAUCUGCCACACUCGGUCUGAUCAAGGUCAAGGAUGGCUGCGAGAAGAUCCAGCACUUCGGCGCUAGCAAGGACGAGACAGGCACGAUCGACGAACCGGAUAACGAGGUCUCCCUUGAGGCUAUCAAGAAGACUCUGAAUGACGUCAAGAUCGCAUACCGCAAGGUCGAGAAGCUCCUGCGCCGAUACUAUGGCGAGGAAGUGAAAGACGAAGAAGAAAAGAAGCCCGAACCCGAAGAGAAGAAGGAGGAGAAAAAAGAGAAGAAGGAAGAGAAAAAGGAGGAAAAGCCAAAGGAAGAGCCCAAGAAAGAGACCAAGGAAGCCACAGCUUCGAAAUAG